GGAAGAAGAAAGCCAAAAGGACAAGGGGGGAGGGGGUCGAGGAAGCCAGCGAGCAAGCCGGGCUGCCAGCCACAUGCCUCGCCUUGCCGCCUGCCCACCCCGGCACCUGUGAGCGGAGCCGCCGCACCGAGGCGAGGCGAGGCGAGGUGGGCAAGGCGGGCGAGGCCCCUGUUCUCCAGGCCGGCUGCCCGGAUCCCCCAGAAAACGGCUCCUGACCACGCUCGGCUACUGCUCCCGCCGCCGGCUCCCUCAGCCCCUGCUCGCCUCGGCUUCCCCGCACACCCAGAGCUCCUCGGGGAUCUCCGCCCCCCCCCAGCCCCGCCCCGCCUGGCUCAGGCACGCCGAGGCUGCGAGUCGGGGGCCACGGUUCUGCUCGCCUCCUCGCCUUCCCCUUUCCCACCAGGAUUUAUUGUCUGUGGAGCCUCCUGGGGGGUGGGGAAGGAGGUGCCGCUAGCACUGCUGCUGCCGCUGCUGGUGAUUGGGUGGCCGGCCAGGCUUGGCACAGACUAGGAGAGUUAGCGCUCUCCUCCCGCCCCCAGCCUGCUGCUAGUCGUUAGCCGGGCUUCCCCUCUCCGCGGCUUCCCAUGGGAACACAUCCAGCAGUCCACCUGAAGGGCAUCGGCAUCAUGGUCUAGCCUUGGACCUUCCUAGAAUCCCCUCUCCUUCUCUUUGCCUCUCUAAGAAAAGGAGGAGAAAAAAAAAAAAAUUCUCCACUCCCACUCUACUGCGGACCCGGGAAGCCACACUUUAAGGAAUAAGCAUUUGCAGCUGAACGUCGGGAGCCCUCGGAUACUCAUGGAUAGUUCCUCCCGGAGCCUGCAAUGAUGGAGAGCCUACGGAGGCACAGGAAUCCCCCACAAUUUCUGAGAAGUCCUGGUAUUCAGGAAGUGCGUGCUCCACUUCGGAAGAGACCUGAAGAGGAGUUGCAGUGCCUGGAGAUGACAACCAAACGGAAGAUCAUCGGCCGCCUGGUGCCGUGCCGAUGUUUCCGAGGCGAAGAAGAAAUCGUCGCAGUGUUGGAUUACUCUCACUGCGGCCUGCAGCAGGUGCCAAAGGAGGUCUUUAACUUUGAGAGGACCCUAGAGGAACUUUAUCUAGAUGCCAAUCAAAUUGAAGAGCUGCCUAAGCAAUUGUUCAACUGUCAAGCUCUCCGCAAACUGAGUAUCCCAGAUAAUGACCUUUCGAAUCUGCCAACCACUAUUGCUAGUUUAGUUAAUCUCAAAGAACUUGACAUCAGUAAAAAUGGUGUACAAGAAUUUCCAGAAAACAUUAAGUGCUGUAAGUGUUUAACAAUUAUUGAAGCCAGUGUCAAUCCCAUUUCUAAGCUCCCUGAUGGCUUCACACAGCUCAUCAACCUGACCCAGCUGUACCUGAAUGAUGCCUUUCUGGAGUUUCUUCCAGCCAACUUCGGAAGACUUGUCAAAUUGCGGAUCUUGGAAUUAAGAGAAAAUCAUUUGAAAACUCUACCAAAGUCAAUGCACAAACUGGCCCAGCUGGAGAGGCUUGACCUGGGCAAUAACGAGUUCAGCGAGCUGCCCGAGGUUCUGGAACAAAUACAAAACCUAAGAGAAUUGUGGAUGGACAAUAAUGCACUUCAAACACUUCCUGGGUCUAUAGGGAAAUUAAAGAUGUUGGUGUACCUGGAUAUGUCCAAAAACAGAAUAGAAACUGUUGACAUGGAGAUUUCGGGAUGUGAAGCACUUGAAGACCUCUUAUUGUCGUCCAAUAUGUUGCAACAAUUGCCUGACUCUAUAGGACUGUUGAAAAAACUAACCACUCUAAAAGUAGAUGACAAUCAACUUACUGUGUUACCCAAUGCAAUUGGAAAUUUAUCUUUAUUAGAAGAAUUUGACUGCAGCUGUAAUGAAUUGGAGAGCUUACCUUCCACUAUUGGCUACCUGCAUAGUCUUCGAACAUUAGCUGUUGAUGAGAAUUUUCUCCCAGAACUACCUAGAGAAAUUGGGAGUUGUAAAAAUGUUACAGUCAUGUCCCUGCGCUCCAAUAAGCUGGAAUUUCUUCCUGAAGAGAUUGGCCAGAUGCAGAAAUUAAGAGUUUUAAAUUUAAGUGAUAACAGGCUGAAGAAUUUACCAUUCUCAUUUACCAAACUGAAGGAGCUUGCUGCUUUGUGGCUUUCAGACAAUCAAUCAAAGGCCCUUAUCCCUUUACAAACUGAAGCUCACCCAGAAACAAAACAAAGAGUAUUGACUAACUACAUGUUUCCUCAACAACCUCGAGGUGAUGAAGAUUUCCAGUCAGACAGCGACAGUUUUAACCCUACUCUGUGGGAGGAGCAGCGACAACAACGAAUGACCGUUGCCUUUGAAUUUGAAGACAAAAAGGAAGACGACGACAGUGCUGGAAAAGUGAAGGAUCACCCUUGCCAUGCCCCCUGGGAAAGGGGCCAGCGUGGGAUUGCCCUCCAACCUGCCAGACUGUCUGGCGAUUGCUGCACACCAUGGGCCAGGUGUGAUCAGCAGAUCCAAGACAUGCCAGUUGCCCAGAUUGACCCACAGCUGGCAUGGGGGUGUAUAAGUGGCCUCCAGCAGGACAGGAGCAUGGGCACUCCGUUGCCAGCUGCAGCAAAUUCCACAACUCUUCCCUCUCUAAGUGGCAGACAGGUUGAAAUAAAUCUAAAACGCUAUCCUACCCCUUACCCAGAAGAUUUGAAGAAUAUGGUAAAAUCUGUUCAAAAUCUGGUGGGAAAAACAAGCCAUGGAGGGCGUGUUGAGAAUUCAAAUCCAACGGCCAACACCGACCAACCUGUGAAAGAAAAGUAUGAACAUAAGUGGCCAGUUGCCCCAAAGGAAAUCACAGUUGAGGAUUCCUUUGUUCAUCCAGCCAGUGAAAUGAGGAUUGGGGAACUUCACCCUUCACUGGCCGAGGCUCCGCUAUACCCUCCCAAACUUGUUCUUCUGUCAAAAGACAAAAAGGAAUCAACAGAUGAGUCUGAAGUCGAUAAAACUCAGUGUCUGAAUAACAGUGCUUCCUCGGGUACUUACUCAGACUACUCACCUUCUCAGGCUUCCUCGGGAUCAUCGAACGCCCGUGCUAAAGCAGCGUCUUUGCAAACGGCGACUAAAGAUGCAGGAAAUCAUUCUCUGUGGGGCAACAGGAUAACGCCAUCUUUUCCCCAGCCUAUUGACUCAAAGCCAUUACUCAGCCAGCGUGAGCCUGUGCCACCAGGGAACAUCCCCCCACGUCCCGAAAGGCGUCCGAUGAGCGAAACGUUUGCCGAUCACUGGAACGACGGCUCCCAUUACGAUAACACGGGGUUUGUCGCAGAGGAGAACGCAGCAGAGAACGCCAACAGUAAUCCUCUGUUAAGUUCCAAGUCCAGAAGCACAUCUGCUCAUAGCCGUCGGCCUUUGAUCAGACAAGACAGGAUAGUUGGCAUCCCCCUGGAACUUGAACAGUCUACACAUAGACACACACCUGAAUCAGAAGUGCCUCCUUCCAAUCCUUGGCAGAAUUGGACUAGAACCCCUAGUCCCUUUGAAGACAGGACAGCUUUUCCUUCCAAAUUGGAGACCACCCCCACCACCAGCCCUUUGCCAGAAAGGAAAGACCAUAUAAAAGAACCAGCAGAAAUAGCCAGUCCUUUCUCUCCAGGCGUACCUUGGGAGUAUCACGAUUCCAAUGCGAACAGGAGUCUCAGUAAUGUCUUUUCUCAUAUUCACUGCCGCCCAGAGCCUUCCAAAGGUGUGAUUUCCAUUAGCAAAAGCACAGAGAGGCUUUCACCAUUGAUGAAAGAUAUAAAGUCCAAUAAAUUUAAAAAGUCACAGAGUAUCGAUGAGAUAGACAUUGGUACAUAUAAGGUGUAUAACAUACCGUUAGAAAACUAUGCAUCCGGGAACGAUCACUUAGGGAGCCACGACAGGCCAGACAAAAUCCUGAUGCCGGAGCACGGCAUGUCGAGCAUGUCUCGUAGUCAGUCAGUCCCAAUGCUCGACGAUGAGAUGUUGACUUAUGGCAGUAGUAAGGGGCCACCGUCACAGAAGCCCUCUAUGACGAAGAAAGUCUAUCAGUUUGACCAAAGCUUCAAUCCGCAAGGAGCAGUGGAGGUGAAAGCAGAAAAGAGGAUGCUUCCUCCUUUCCAACAGAACACUGAGUAUAUCUCACAGCCCGGUAAAACGAUCGCAAAGGAUCUGGUCAGUCCGAGAGCUUACAGAGGCUAUCCCCCCGUGGAGCACAUGUUUUCCUUCUCUCAGCCUUCGGUUAACGAGGAGGCCAUUGUCAACGCCCAGUUCGCAAGCCAGGGGUCCAGGGCGGGAUUCCUCCGGAGAGCGGACUCUCUGGCGAGCUCCGCAGAAAUGGCCAUGUUUAGAAGGGUCAGUGAGCCUCAUGAAGUGCCCCCGAGUGAUAGGUAUGGCAGGCCUCCAUAUAGAGGAGCUCUGGAUCGCCAAAGCAGCGCCUCAGUGUCUGAAUCCCAGUUCCUCAAAAGGAAUGGCAGGUAUGAAGAUGAACAUCCUUCAUAUCAAGAAGUGAAAGCCCAGGCGGGAAGUUUUCCAGUUAAAAACCUUACCCAAAGGCGGCCAUUGUCUGCAAGAAGCUACAGUACAGAGAGUUAUGGUGCCUCCCAAACCAGACCAGUUUCAGCUAGGCCUACUAUGGCAGCUCUUUUGGAAAAGAUACCAUCUGACUAUAACUUGGGUAACUAUGGUGACAAGCCAUCAGAUAACAGUGAUUUAAAGACAAGGCCCACUCCUGGGAAGGGAGAGGAGAGCUGUGGGAAAAUGCCUGCAGACUGGAGACAACAGCUGCUUAGACAUAUAGAAGCUAGAAGGUUAGACAGGAAUGCCGCUUACAAACACGCCACAGUUAACCUUGGCAUGCUGCACUCUGGAGGGCUUUCGGCCGUGCAUGCAGGGAGAAGCAUGACUUUAAACUUGCAGACUAAGUCUCAGUUUGAGAACCAAACACAGCAACAGCUACCUCUCCAGCAUACCCCGUCCCAGCAAAGCAACAUUCUAGACAAUGGACAAGAAGAUGUAUCUCCCAGUGGCCAGUGGAACCCCUAUCCACUUGGGAGGCGGGAUGUACCUCCGGACACGAUUACUAAAAAGGCAGGCAGCCACAUCCAGACGCUGAUGGGUUCCCAGAGCCUCCAGCAUCGGAGUCGGGAGCAGCAGCCGUACGAGGGCAAUGUCAACAAGGUGACCAUCCAACAGUUUCAGUCCCCCUUGCCCAUUCAGAUCCCUUCCUCGCAAGCUUCACGGGGACCUCAGCCUGGACGGUGCUUAAUUCAAACUAAAGGGCAGAGGAGUAUGGACGGGUACCCAGAGCAGUUUUGUGUGAGAAUAGAAAAGAAUCCUGGCCUUGGAUUUAGUAUCAGUGGUGGAAUUAGUGGACAAGGAAAUCCAUUCAAACCUUCUGACAAGGGUAUCUUUGUUACUAGGGUUCAGCCUGAUGGGCCAGCAUCCAGCCUGCUGCAGCCUGGUGAUAAGAUCCUUCAGGCAAACGGACACAGUUUCGUGCAUAUGGAACAUGAGAAAGCGGUCUUACUCCUGAAGAGUUUCCAGAACACAGUAGACCUAGUUAUUCAGCGUGAGCUUACUGUCUAAAUAUUUUUUAUAAAUAGUGAAGAUUCGUCUAAUCAGACCUAAUGUUCAAAGAUAAAUUUAUACAUAGGAAAACAUUUUUGCCAAUUGCUGGACCAAUGGCAAACAUUAGUGCCAAAUGUAUAAUACUGUAUGUCAGUACUGAGCCUCCUUAAAAAUGUUCAUUCUAUAAAUAUGACGUUCACGUGGUGAUGUAUUAGUUCUCAUUGUCAGCCUCUGGCUGGGCAUUGGUGCGGGGGUUUUGUUUUGUUUCUUUUCAUUUUAUUUCAUUUUUUAUCAGAUUAGUUUCUUCUCAAAGUGGAUUUCCUAUAAUUUCAGAGCACGGAAGCACACACAAGCUCUUUAAGAAUUCCGCUCUCCAUCAGAAACACUGCCUCAAAAUUGUAUAUGCCUUUCUAUAGAAAAUACAGAGAUAAAGAAUUGUAAUUCCCAUAAAAUAUUUCUAGCACAAGUUAUAUGUUGGCAUAUAUUCAAAAAGAAUAUAGAUAAAAUGAUAUUUUCAUAAACUAAACACCUCGGAUUGAGAAAGAAAAUAUAUCUUAAAAUAAGACUUUACUAUGUUGAAUCUUUUUCAAUAAAAUACAUGAUAAUGCCUUAUGAAAGUAACUGUACAUAUGGUAUACAGUGUUUAUAUUUGGUUCCAUAUUCAUUGCUAAAUUCUCACCAUACAGAGUGAAAUGUUUCAUAAAUUAGCCUUUUUUUCUCUGGGACCUGAAUAUAAAGAGUCAAUAUAAAAUUAAUUAAACUUGCUCAAUGCCUUCCACCGAAAGUUGGGAAAUGGACAAAAGGCCAUUGGCGGGAACUAUGAUUCUCCACAAAAAUAAGCAGUGAGUGAUGGGUGGCAGGAAAGUUGCUUUGUUUUCUCCGAGUUUCUCUAAUUAUACGCAGUAGCCCCUGUGAUUCUUUUUGCUGUUGGUGUGGAAUUUCCUCGCGGGUCGCAUCAGCGGAUUUGCUGCUUUUCAGUCAUUUCAAUGAGCUUUGGGGAUCGAUAAGCUUCACCCUUGAGAAGGACUGUUUAGCGGAGAGCCAUUGGUGGGAGCUAUAUUUGAACUCUAACAUUGAAUAUCAACUUCAAAUGUGUUAUCCCAGAGCUGUGGUCUGCUGUAAGAUUCAUCUCAGAGCUUGCCUUUUGACCAGGGCUGGAGACAAUCCCAAAUUCAUCUCAAUCGCUCCUGGUCCAAGUGUUUAAAGCUUUUUAAUUUUUCUUCUCCAGAAAUAAUGGUACGGAACUCUGGCGUUCCUUUACCGCCGGAUUGGCAGGCCGAUGGGAGAGUUCGGGGAUCUUCAAAUUCUCGACAUUUUGUAGUACGAGUGAUGGAAAAACUCUCCAUUUUCUAAUCCUAUUUACUAUUUCUUUGUGUUUUUACUCAUCCACUUCUUUAAGAUGCCCCGUUGGAAAUCCUACGACAAGCCUGCAGAGCUUGCACUAUUCAUGUUCCUUCUCGUGUCAGCAUGGCUCUUUAGGAGCAAACCGAGAUCCCCGUUGAUUUUCCAAGCUGCUGUUUCAUGCAGUGUGUGCAUUGCAUACUGUGUCACCACAGCUCUGAGGACGCUAUUUGUAAAUGAACUGUUUUCCUACGUCCAAUGAGAAUAUGUAUUUUUGUAGGGUCUAUUAAAAUAAGUUACUCUCCCAAGA